AUUCAGUUGUACAGUGAUUUUGAGCCACGAACAGUUCUAGAAUGAAGUUAAUACUAAUCACAGCUGUUGUCCUACUUAUAAAAACAGAAGUUGAGGCGGUUUGUCACUGCAAUGAUCAAAAAUUCAUCGUCUCCAUCCAAAAAAACUCGGCCGAUGGAAAAGGACCGCAACACAUAUGCGGGGCUGCUAUAAUUGACAAGUUCCACGUAAUCACCGCUGCCCACUGCGUCUACGGUCUCGGCAAUGGAGCUCAGCUGCGCAUACGCACCGACCAAAGAGACGCAGAAACCAAUUCGGCCAGCGGCGGUACCAUGAAUACAAUCACCUACUAUGACGUUGCCGAGCUCAUGUGCCACCCAAGUUACGAUGAUUCAAACGGCAGCUCUCAUUUGAACGACAUUGCUAUAUUAAAGGUCAAUGGAGGGUUCGACCUGGACAAGAGUGACGCAUACAUGAAGGUUGAUUUACCAAACAGCAAGACGGAAAUAGAUUACAGCACUGCGCUGUACAGCGGUUUUUUGGUGAAAAAUUUCAGUGACCAUAGUGUAGGUGUCAACAAUCACAGUAGAGGUUUCGACGAUGCCAACGACUACGUUUAUCAAGAUACCAGAGUAUGGCCCCUCGAAUGGUACGAAAAGAUUACACCCAAAGUGACCGACGCACACAUUGUCACAAACUUUGAAACUGAUAUCGGUGUUGAGUGGAUCGGUAACGAUGGAGGGCCUCUUGUUUUCCACAAGCAUCAUUACAAUCAAACCGGUUAUUACACCACCACAAACACCAUCAUCGGCAUUCGUAUCGAGCCCAAACUCUACUCCAAAGAGACCCUCGCGUUGUUCACCAGAGUCUCAUCUCACUUGCAGUUCAUCGAAAAAGUUUUGUCCGCCUACUAAUCGCAUGUUAUUUUACAUUCGAAGACAACGCUGUUCUAGAGGUUUGAAGGUCCAAUUUCUGGUGAAUUUCAUUGGAUUCAUUCAGUGCCAUUCGACAACCAGCUGCUUCAGGAAAAGAUUUAUUUUAUUAACGGUUUUUCUUUGCUUCACAGCAGUAAGACUCCGAAAAAUUUCAUCACGGUUACUUACUGCUUAACAAUAAAAAUCUACCAAAAGCUAUAAAAAACUUUCGGACAUUGAAAUGUAAAUUGAAGCUUAUAAAGUCACAAAAAUUAAAAAGUAAUAUUAAUUUUUUGAUUAUGCUAUAAUGUAAAACGUGUACGUAUGCAAUAAGAUGAUGCACGACCUGUAAUUUGUAUUAAUUAAUUAUAAUAUUCUUGGAAAAA